ACGGAUCCUAUUAAAUAUUUUACAUUUUCUAUGAUCAUCUCUAUUUCAGGUAUUCGGGGAAUCCUCCUUAAUAGACGAAAUAUUCCUAUUAUGUCAAUGCCAAUUGAAUCAAUGUUAUUAGCUGUGAAUUCGAACUUUUUGGUAUUUUCCGUUUCUUCGGAUGAUAUGAUGGGUCAAUCAUUUGCUUCAUUGGUUUCAACGGUGGCAGCUGCGGAAUCUGCUAUUGGGUUAGCCAUUUUCGUUAUUACUUUCCGAGUCCGAGGGACUAUUGCUGUAGAAUCUAUUAAUAGCAUUCAAGGUUAA